UGUAUCACAAGGUAGAUAAACUUUUAAACACUUGUAAGUGCCGUUGUGAUCUUACAGCACAGGUAUGUCAACACGUGCUAAAUCGACGGUUGACUACAGUGAUGAUAAUGUCAGAGACGUUAAAGUGUUAAGUCGAUGUCCCGUACGUAGGAUUGAAAUAGGAGAAAAAAAAACAUUGUGGUUCCAUGGGAACGACCGCCACCGUCGUCAUGGGUGUUGGUCACGGUGUAUGUGUGCGUGUUGUGUAUGUGCAUAAUGCCGCGAACGGUAGUCUGUAAUCUCUCUAUAGUACCUGCUGGUCGCUGCGUGCAGUCCAUUCAUUCUGUACUACUAUUGCGGAACGGUCGUUGAAUUUAAGAAAAAAACUAUGAAAUAUAUACAUCUUACCCUUGCCGUGUCAUUCGCCGAAAACUAUUUUUUUUUUUUUGCUACACAUGAGCGCCACAUCUCUUUCGAACACAUGCAGUUUAAACCGCCAAUUCGAAUCGUGCUAGAGGUUACAAUAAUAAUAUCAGAUAAUAAUGAUAAUGAUGACUACGAACGACCACCACGUGUAAUUACGGUCCUAUUUGUAAGUUUAACGGACCAAGACGCCGUCCUGCAGCGAGUCUAUUAUCAUACACAUCAAUUGCCCGAAUUAAAUUCAUCACGGAGGCGGUGGGGAUCGUACGGUCCGUACACGUUGUACAAAUAGUGUUUGGUUUAAAGAACUUCUUGCGUUUAGUCCAUUAUUUUUUGUUUCUAUUUUGCCGUAAUACAUUUUAAUGAACGCGACGUCUAUUCAACGACCGGGUCGUUAUCGUUGAAUACCUUAGGCUAACUGUCGUAUUAGACCACUACAGUUUAUUGUGUACGCGGUAUCGAUUCUAGUAGAAAUGCCAAAUGAACAAUGAUUGUAAUUAAUAUGAGAAAGCUGUUGCGGCGUGUCGGCGGCGACGUCACGGUUUUUUGUAAUGAGCGGUUUGGGUGGUGACAUUUGGAGUGGGAUGAUUUAUGUGCUCGCAGCAAUUUUUAGAAGGAGAGGAACACGCAGCAGUUAUCCGAGUGCCGCCGCCUCCCACGCGGCCGGAACCAUGAAGGAAUCACGGCAGAAACUGCAGUUGAAAGACCUGAACCCGCACUUGCUAUGCGUCCUGUGCGGCGGUUAUUACAUUGAACCUUCCACCAUAGUCGAGUGCUUGCAUUCGUUUUGCCGUUCGUGCAUCGUCAAGUACUUGGAGACCAACCGGUUCUGUCCGAUAUGCGACGUCCAAGUGCACAAAACCAAACCCCUUUUGAGCCUAAGGAGAGACGAGAUUUUAGAAAAACUCGUUUACAAAAUCGUUCCUGGUCUGUAUGCCAAAGAAAUGGCAAGAAGAUCGGCGCCCAAAAAAGAAUUGUACCUAUCACCUGAUGACCACGUGAGUCUGGUGUUGGACUACCAAAUGGAAGACGAAUGUACCCAAGCGAAUGAUAAUGAUAAAGUACAAGAACAAAACAAGACAUCUGCCUCUGAGGCCAUAAAGGCUGCACAUAGAAAGUAUCUCAAUUGCCCCGCUGCUGUUACGGUAGAACAUUUAAAAAAGUUCAUUGUUAUCAAGUACUAUUUGACAGAUCAACACGAGGUUGAUAUUUUUCAUUCAAAUGAAAGUUUACCAGACGAAUUGACUCUGAUAGAUGUUGCAUACUGUUUCGAAUGGAAACAGACAUCGCCAAUGGAACUAUGUUUCAAAAUUCUCGAAAAGUCAACAAUAGCUAUUCCCAUCGUCGAAGAAGAAGAGACCGUUGAAGAUGUUGAUAUCGAAGAAGAUGUAAACAGCGUAGCUUCAUCACUACCUUUUAUGUCUUCUAAAAGUGUUUCUGAAUGUGACGAAACAUCAAAUGCUAGCUUAGACUCUAAACCACUGAUUGAACGACUGAAUGAGUGUGAUCAAAAAUCUCCUAUUACCAAAAGAAAACGAAGAGCUCGUGAAUUUUAUGACGAGGGUCCAGUGUCCAAGAAGAGUUUAUUUGACAGUCUGUUUUUAAGUGCUAAAAAUAAUAACAAUAUUGAAAAGUUCAUAGAGGACGAAAAAGACUUUCAAGAAUCUGAUGAAGAUUACUCAAAGUACGAGCAGGAUAUCGAGGAAAUCAUCGAAGACGAUGAAGAAGACGAAGAUACUGGUCGUCUUAGAAUAUCAUCGAAUAAUUCUGAAGAAGAAGAAUUAAUCGAAACCGCUAGUCAAAUGUUUGUUAUUGAAGACGUUGAAGAAGAAAAGCGCCAAAAAAAGGAUAAACAUUCUAGACAUGAAGGUAGUAGGAAUAAAAAGAAAAGCAAAAAGGGUAAACAUCAUCACCAUCACAAACGAAGAUCGCCGCCAGAGUCACCUCCACCUUCAGCGACCAUUGUACACUCACCAGAUCGCGACAUUAUGAAGCUAAAAGUAAAAUUGAACACUCUUCCAGGAUAUCGUCAUAAGGAAGAAAAACACCAUAGACAUAGCAAACAUCAUAAUGGUACAGCUUCGCCUAACUCUUCUAUAGUUUCUUCUCCAGCCCGUUCUUCAUUCAAAGAAGACGAUUCACAAGUAUCCGAAUUAUCAAGUGAUAGUAUUAUUAUGCUGAAAGAUCCACCAAAGAAAUUUACUGAUGAAAACAAAGUUCUAAAAACAAAUGAAGUAAAACCCAAAGAAAUUCAAGAAAAGAAGGUUGAAAAAUCAGCUUCUGGUACCAAGACAUCUUUACAUUCUUCGAACCAUCGUUCUCCCAAAACAGCUGACGAACCACCAAAAACAACAUCUAUCGACCAAAAAGAAGCGGUACUACAAUUACGUAGUAGCAAACAAAAAUCUGCUGUUAAACCGCAAAAUGACCAACUCCAUCAACAAGUGAUUAAAACCAAGGAAAUAUCAAGCUCUAGAGAAAUGUCACCAAAAAUGUUGAUAAUGCCUCCAUCCUCCAUUACGGUCAGCAUCAUCACUGCAGAAGAAAAAAUGAAGAUGGAAAAGGACAAAACUCUGAUGUUGUCAGGAGGCCAUGAUAUGGAAAGCAAACGACCUUCACUUGAGAUUGUACGAGUCAAUGGUCCACCCUCUUCUCCUACAGCUGAAGUUCCUGUAUCUAAAGUUCCAAACUCUAUUACUCAUCAUAAUUCAAAACUAGAAAAUCCUCUACAAUCGGAGACGAAACCAAAGACUAAGAAACCUGUUCCUGCAGUUAUUCCGAUCAAAUCAGCCAAACCUUCUAUAACCAUAAUACCUCAAAACCGAAGCCCAAGCGGUGCUAAUAACAAUAACAACACAAUGAAACAAGAAGACUUAAAAAGUAGUGUGACCAUAUCAUUGGAAAAUGGUACAACGCAACAACAAAGUGACGCUUUAGAUCUAUCAGGAAAAUCGACUCGAAAAGAUAACUUACCCUAUGCUAUUCAUAACGGAAAUAUGUCACCUGCCCAUUUCAAUGGUCAGUACGAUCAUCCGGGAAGUAUGCGUAAUUUAUUGACUUUGUCUGAUACAGCCGCUCAUAUCCGAAGCAUGAUGUCACCAACGGGCCAAGAAAAUAGUCUUAAGAAACGUUUUUCUCAAAACCAAAAUGGGUCAUCGUCACCCAAAUGGUCUGCAUCGUCAAACGGAACGAAUCUUCCACUUAGAAUACCAGUUCCACCUAUGCCAUCAUUUAAAUCGCAACACUCCAGUAAUAAAAAUCUAAUGGCUGUUGCCAAAAAUUCUGUUACUCGUAUAAACGAGUCGUCGAAACCAAAGCAUGGUCCUCCCAAUCAAGGAGUUCGGCAUAUACCUAAUCCGUCAGUACUACUAUUCCGACAACACCAGCAACAAUUGGUGCAGUUUGCAGCGGCCGCAGCUGCUGCUGUAGCGGCAGGUCAACAGCGAACUACAAUGCCACCACAACCUUUGUCCCAACCAUCAAAUUUAUCACCACAUCCAAAUGGUAUGCCUGGAGCCAUUCCAUUGCAUACGAUACGCAAAAUGGAAAACAUGACCAAGAACAUAGAAAAAGUAGCUGCGGGAUUAUCAGUUAAAGCCAGUGCGUUAUAUAAACAAAGUUUUAUGGAAAAUGGAAGAACACGAGUAGAACUACCUAGUUAGGGAAAUUAUACGAACGUAAAACCGUUUAGUUGCUAAAAUGUAUUUAUAUAUAUAUAUAUAUAUUAUUUAUUAAUAUAACAAAUUCCUAUUUUUUAUUUAAGUUCUGUUGUAUAAAUAUUGUUUAUAACUAGUAUAGUCGGAACAUAUCUACUGUACUAUGUGCCGGGCAAGUUGCAAUAUUUAAAAAAAACAGUAAAAAACAGUUUAGACGUAUAACUUAUAGCUUAUUAGUCACGUCAGAAGCGACUAUUGUAUAUAUAUCAUUAUGGUACAAAAUGUUAUUUAUUACAGUUUUCUUUUAAUACAUUAUCUUUAAUUCGUUUUUGAGUUGUCUUAUUUGUAGCCAUAGACUAUAGACUGCAGACUAGUUAAUAUUUAUUAUUACGAUUACUUAUGGACGGAUGUUAGUCGUCGAGUUAUAGUAAAAUUAUUGAAAUAUGUUUAUAUGAAAAUCUAUCUAUGAAAUUAUAUGUGUAUCUAUUAUUAAAAAUAAUUAGAUAGUAGAAGUUAUAUUCUCUUUAGUUGUAAUUUAAUAAUUGAAUUAUCAUUGUAAACGUUUUAAAAAUAUUGUUGAGUGUAUAUAUCCAAUAAACGAUUACGAGGUAU